UCGGCCCCGCCCCGCCCCCGGCCGGCGCGCGGGGUCCCGAGCCGGCCCCGGAGCUGCAGGAUGGCGGCGGCGUCUGCUGUCUCGGUGACGGCUUCGGCGGCGGGUGGCGGGUCGGUUGGCGGCGCGCGGGGUGCCGGGGCUGGGGCGCGGGAGGGCGCGCGGGUGGCGGCACUGUGCCUGCUGUGGUACGCGCUGAGCGCGGGCGGGAACGUGGUGAACAAGAUCAUCCUGAGCGGCUUCCCCUUCCCCGUGACCGUGUCGCUCUGCCACAUCCUGGCGCUGUGCGCGGGGCUCCCUCCUCUGCUGCGGGCCUGGCGCAUUCCGCCCGCGCGCGGCCCGGGGCCCGGCUCCGGCCCCAGUGGGGUCGCAGGCGCGGACCCACUGCCGCCCCGCUUUUACCCGCGAUACGUGCUCCCACUCGCCUUCGGCAAGUAUUUCGCUUCGGUGUCGGCUCAUUUUAGCAUCUGGAAGGUGCCCGUGUCCUACGCGCACACCGUGAAGGCAACCAUGCCAAUCUGGGUGGUGCUGCUGUCCCGGAUCAUCAUGAAGGAGAAGCAGAGCACCAAGGUAUAUUUAUCCUUGAUCCCCAUCAUCAGUGGUGUCUUGUUAGCCACAGUCACUGAGUUGUCCUUUGACAUGUGGGGACUCAUCAGUGCUCUGGCAGCUACCCUCUGCUUUUCCUUACAGAACAUAUUUUCCAAAAAGGUGCUGAGAGAUUCACGGAUCCAUCAUCUUCGGUUGUUGAACAUACUUGGAUGUCAUGCUGUCUUUUUUAUGAUUCCAACAUGGGUUCUGGUUGACCUUUCUUCUUUCUUAGUAGAGAAUGACCUGAAUUCGAUUUCCCAGUGGCCCUGGACUUUAAUGCUGCUAAUAGUCAGCGGAUUUUGUAACUUUGCACAGAAUGUCAUUGCUUUUAGUAUUCUUAAUUUGAUCAGCCCAUUGAGUUAUUCUGUUGCAAAUGCCACAAAAAGGAUCAUGGUUAUCACAGUAUCCCUCAUAAUGCUACGCAACCCAGUUACCAGCACUAAUGUUCUGGGCAUGAUGACAGCUAUCUUAGGCGUCUUCUUGUAUAAUAAGACCAAGUAUGAUGCAAAUCAAGAGGCCAAGAAGCAUCUUCUUCCCGUAGUGACCGGAGACCUCGGAAAUCCUGAUCACCAUAGGAACCCACCGGAGAAAUCUCAGAAUGGAAUCGUUUUCCCUCAGCAUGGGGACUAUCACUAUGGCCGAACCAGCAUCUUUACAGACCAUUUUCAGUACAACAGGCAAAACUAUCCAAACACAUACAAUUUAAAUCACUAUGAUGUAUAGAAUUUAGAAGACAGGUAGAGACUGUUAAGAGAUUACUUUUCCCCCAAGCAGUAUCAGAAACUUCUGACACACCAGUGAAUUCAGAAUCAUAGAAUGUACUUCUCCUGCAGAUGGGAAGGUGCAUGAUUGUCAGUGACCCAAGUGUUAUCUUCUGCUAAACACAUUCUUAUGCAUGGAGCACCUUCCAUAGGGAUCCAGGAGCAGGGAGUACACCUGCAAUACAAGAGUUUUGGGUUCUGAUGAAAAGUAAACUUUCAAACUCCAGGAGAGGGAUUUAUGCUUGCUGUAUUGUCUUGGAGUUUGUUACCUGAGGAUUGUGUUGAUAGGAAAAUUGUGGCCAGUAUUACUUUUCUGUGCUUAAUUUUCUGAAGCCAUGUGUUUCAAAGUUAACAUCUUUGCUUUCUAAAUGAAGUUACUUGAGAUCCUUUUUGAAAAAUUUAAAUUACUCUGUAUACUCUUCAUGGGUUGGCAUUUGGCUAUUUGUUCGUGGUAUCAUGGGCAAGGAUUGUGCUUGAGUCUCUAGAAACCAAAGUUUGAAUUGCACUACUUGAACAUAUCUAGGUCACAAUUACAUGUGUGGUAAAUGGGUGUGGUUGGUAGAAAUUUGUGACUCCAUUUCAGUGGUUUCUAUAGACUGUCAAAAAGGAGGGAUUUUUAUUUAAUCAAAAAUGGGCCAGUGCUAAAACAAUUUUCUUAAUGGCUAUGAAUAAUAUCUCUUCAAAUACAAGGAAAAGCCGAGUGGUUUACCAAGACAUUGUGACAAUCCAUUUGUUAUCUUUGAUAAAUGUAAAAACACGAAAAUCAAUGGACUGGACUUUCCAUCCUGACUAGCAUUUGUUUCCGUUGCUGGGCAUGUUCAGCCUGAUUCUUUGACCUGAAAUUCCGAAGUUGCACUGACUCCCAUCCAUCAAUAAAAGGAAGUUUAUCUCUUCUUCCAUAGUAGGAGAGAGCAGAAUAUUUUUUUCUCAUUGAUGGCUUUAAGUGGUAGCAGCAAGGGGGGAGUAUCUUUGCAGGUCUUCCCUAAUUAAUGAAAGGCACAUUAAGAAAUAAUAAUUGGUGCUUUAAACAACUUUUUCCCCAGGAUUUGUCAUUUCCCUGCAGUUGAAUUGUGCAAAGAUUUGGCAGAUAGAUGCUGCCAAAUGAAGCUUUGUUUUUAUAGGAAGGAUUUUGCACUUUCUACAGAUGAUUUUGUAAAUGUGUGUCUGUAACCUGGGCCCUCUGACUCCUUCUUAAGUCUAAAGCCCUUUGCUUUCAAGUGUUUCAUAACAAGGAUCUAUUGGUAAUAAAUAUUUGCCGGAUACAUUUCUUUAUAUAGUGGGAAAGAGUCACUUUGCAGCUUUGUGUCUGAGUACUGUAAUCAGGGAAAAAUAGAAAGGAAUCAAGAAUACUCUGCAAGUUUGUUUUACUCUUUCCUAAUAGAAAUGAUCAAAGUGUGUUGAAUGUUUCUAAUUGUAUUAUUCAGAAUCAUGUCUCCCUAAUGGGAUGGAAGGUUGAAAUUAAACUUUGGUUUUUUAAAACAUACAAGUGAAGAAAACAUUUUGACCAGGAUUAAGAACUUAGACUUUAGGUUCUGGGUAAUGAAAAUAACAGUAGAGCCCCAAUUUAAAGCAGCUGGCUCUUCAUGGAUUUGGCUCUAAUAUAGAUAUGUCUGUUUUGUCUUACUCUUUUCAACUUCCUAAUAAUUAUUGCAAUUUGAAAAAGGCUGCUAGAAUGGGAUUAGCCCAGGUGGUCAGCAUUAAUCCUGUCCUAUGCCACUGGCCGUCUACAGGAGUAAUGUUCUUAGUGAUAAACUCUUAGCUCAAACUUUGGCUUCCUUGUGAAAUACCCAUUGGGUCCUUCAGUGGAUCCUCAUUGAUUAGUAAUGCUAUAGAUUAGAAGUGUCACACAUUCAGCCGAAAGCAGUCUUGAGUGCACCCAAUCCAGAUUGAAAUAUAAUUGGGAAAUAUUUAACAAAAUAAAUAAAAAUGCAUUAAAGCAUAUAAUACAUCUUAAAACUAUGUCAAUAUGUGGCCCACAGGGAUCCUUAUGUAUAUGGAUAAGUGGCUCCAUUUUCCUUGAGUUUGACAUCCCUGCUGUAGAUGACAAUUCAUCUAGACCUUUCUGUCCGCUGCCAUUCGUCACCAUUAACAGGAUUUACCUAAUGUCCUGAUGACCUUCCUUCCUUCCUUCCUAUAGAUAGUGAGGUAUUUCAUAGAAACCAGGGCAGCAUUUGAGUUGUUCAUCUUUUAUUCUUCCUUUUUGGUACAUGCUCAGCCAUACCACCUUUUCUGCUAAUACUUGGGAUAGAAUGAGGUCUUUUCUUUAUAGAGGGAGAGACACUGGCAACAGUCACCUCAUUGACACAAUAGACAUACAUAUUAAGAAAUUUAAUUUUUCCUUCUUGCUUCUGUUAUACUAAUGAAAUAACGCAAUCAACUUCUUGUGUAUUCUUUUGCAUGAAAAUGAGCCAGUAUUGUAUCCUACAUUUGAAUCCAAUUUUUAGGACUCUAGUUUUUUAUAGUAAGUAUGGUAGAUCACAAAUAAAAUCUGUCAAAAGAGUUGUAAGGUCCCAGCACUGCUUACAAUCCUCCCUGUCCAGGAUGGACUUUUAUAUGCUGCAAUUUUAGGGUGACCUUUUCCUUAUGGCUCAGCCCUCUGCUUCUACUUCAUGUAGAUAGUGAAAAGCACUUCCCAAGUUUCUUCAUGAUGGGAGUUGGAUCUAAACAUAGGUUUUUUUCCUUUUUAGCAGCAUUUGAGCAAUACUGACAUAAUCUAGUUAAAACAAAAGUAGUGUUUCUCCUUUCACCAUUUGAUUUCUUGAACACAGUAAUGCAACUCCAAAAAAAGUCCAGAUAAAAGGAAGUUUCUGAUAUUAUUGCAGUUUGUAUUUUAACUUAAUUUUUUAAUGCAGGAUCUUAUGUGGGUGAGGUAAAACAGCUGUUAAAUACCAUGUAUAAAUUAAUGAGUGGUCUCUAACUCUGUACAUCAACUUGUAGCAGGUACUUACACUGGAAUGAAAGGACUCUAGGGACACGGUCAAACAAAAUAUUCCUCAUCAUCACAUCAAAGGAAAGAAAAUAAAUCUUUUAAGAUUGUAAUGUUGCUCAAAGUACAUACCUUUUAAGUAGAGCAUUAGUUGUGUUGAGACUGAUAUUUUAAGAUAAUUUCUGUCUAUGUAAUUUUUACAUGAGGAAAGGGAAAACUUACUGUAAGUAGUUAAGCUUCUACAGCUUUUCUAUCUUGUCCUCAUUUUGUUAUGUAUCUUAACACAGUCAUAAAAGAAAACAUUUGUUUGCCCUGGAAAAUAAGACAUAGGAUUAUUAUAAUAUUCAUAGAGACAAACAUUAUUUAUAAAUACUUGAAAAUUUGCAGGCCUAUUUUAAUUAUGUUGAACCUGUUUUUCAGACCAAAAUGCUUCCAGAUUGUUGUGUGAAAGUGAAUUUUUCCAUGUUGUGUAUGUUCUACCAGUGGCAUUUACCACAAAAUAAAGAAGCCUCCACAGGGAAA